CACCAAGGAUAAAGUUGUAAUUUACAGAACUGGCAUGAACAUGCACAUAUCCUAAUUGGAAGAAACUCCAGCUCAGAAGCUUACCCCAUUCUAAAAUUCGCUUUCCCAUCUUCUUUUACUUGUCGGUUUCAGGAUCACUUUCAGAGAUUGAGUUUAGCCGUGCGAGUGCGACAUCGUCUGCUCAUUCGACUUUACUGCAACGUUCUUCUGCGGUCUGGAGAAUCGAGGAUCGUAAUCACAGGGCUUUCACGUUACACUUGCUCCCAUGGACAAUGAUGUUUUCCAAAUUCGCCGGUCCAUGCGAGAUGCUAUCUUCGUCCUGUUAGAGAAGCGAAAUCCACUUCCGACUGAUGAUGCAUCAAAGGCCAAAUGUUUAGAUGCUGUUGCUAAACGCUUAGAGGAGCUAAUUUUUAAAAUGGCUAUGACAAAGGAGGAAUACUUGAACCCGUCAACCCUCGAAUCUCGCUUGAAAAGCUUAAUAAUAGGCAGGUAAUCGAAUAACUACAAUCAGCAACAUGCUAAUUCUUCUUUGCUUGGAACAACCAUAACAACUACUCCAAGAGUCUCUGCUGAACCCACAAUGGACAACGAGAACAGAGAUCAGUACGAGACAGAGAUUGCUGAGAAUCUCAAGUCAGUGAGCCUUGAGCACUGAAGAUUAUGAGAAACGUCUUUCUCCGACUUGUUUGGAAACGUUUUCAUUGCUUAUGUUACAAGGAAAAGAUGAUAACAUAUUCAAUACACUACUACAGGCAGCUUCUGCAUUGCUACUGUAUUGCUACUUGUAAGAUCUUACGAACGAAUGGUAAAACCGGUUAGGAUUUGUUUCCGGUUAGGCUUGGAACAUGUAUGAAUUUGAAUGGUUUAUUAUUUACUCUUGAUAAUCGGAACAGAAAAAAGUAGUUGC